UAUACUGUGUGCCUUUAUCAAGAUGAGAGUGAGUGAGCAGCAACUAUUUCCCCGUGUGGUUCUACUGGUGGUGCCGUCACCUUCCUCGCCGCUACACGAUGGUCCGCAACACUCUGCUGUUGGUGGCCGCCUUCCUGGCUCAGGCCACCGUCCUGGUCCAUGCGUUUGCCGACCCUAAGCCUCUUGCUGCCCCAAGGGAAAGCUAUCCAUGCCCUGAGCCCGAAGAUAUCCUUCCCUGUGUCUGUACUAAAGAUGAACAAGCUGAACAUAUCGAUAUGGACUGCUCUAAUGUGCAGAGUAGCCAGCAGCUGCGUGACGCUUUUCAUGCUACCAUACCCUUCCCUACAUUCCGUAAUUUGAUCAUUGAAAAGAAGACAAACGAGACCCCUAUUCCCAUCACUAAUAUCGAUAAAGAUACAUUCAACAACAUACAAUUUUCAUACAUUCGCAUUAGCCACACAACCCUUCAAGAUAUUGCACCAGACACUUUUGAAUAUUCGCACGACAUAUUAGAAACGUUGAUUGUCACAGACAGUAACCUUGAUUCUUUCCCAUUUGAUAUCCUGAUCGACUGUCCAAAGCUGACAGACUUACGUGUCUUCAGGAACAAGAUUUUCCACAUGUCAGACAUCCGCUCGACCAGCCUACUUUACCUGCAGGUGUCGCAUAACCCGGGAAUCACUUACGGCGACGAGGCUUUCUUCCAAGCGCCAAACUUACAGUAUCUCCUGCUGAACGAUAUAAAACUGGCGCAUGUUGCCCCUGACACCUUCAGUAAACAGUCAAAGCUGAAAUACCUUGACUUGAGUCACAACGGAAUCACAACUCUAUACGCAGGAUCGUUAGCCUUCUAUGGUACAGUUGACCAAAUUAAGCUUAACAAUAACCGGAUACAAAAGGUCCAGGUGAAUGCAUUUUCAGGACUGAAGCCCGGUAGCGUACUCUGGAUGCACCACAAUCUCCUCGAUGACUUGCCAGCAGAUGUGUGGAAGCCAGUCUUCGAGACUGUCAACAAUGCACACUCUACAAAUCUCUUCGUGUUUGACGACAACCCUCUGACCUGCCAGUGUAACAUUUUAUGGCUGGUGGAGAAUGCCAACUACAUGGACACGAUGGCUGCGGGAGCCUGGUGCUCAGACAAAGAGGAACUGCUUGUUGAUGUUGAUGUUGCUUUUCUUCAGAAUAAUUGUCCACCUUCAGAAACUGUGUAGUCACCACACCCCAUGCCCAGAGCCGACGACCUACACCACCUUCACAUAUCUAUAUAUAUAAGAGAAAUAAAUCACUGUAACAACUCCUUUUGAUAAUAUUACUUGAGGUCGACACAUCGUUGGUUAUCCAGACUAAAAUAUUUACCAUGAACAUAUGUAUUACCUGUUGGGUUUAAUAAUACAUGUAUGAUA